GAGCGUUCAGUUUGUUCCGGCGCCCGAUUCCUGGCCAGGGAAAUGUCUAAAACUUUCUUUGUGGAAUAUUAUGAUAAUAUUUACCCGGAAAUCAGGCAAAUUGACAUGUAACUAAUGAGGGAGGAGAGAGUGCUAGUGUAAUAUUUGUUCGCCCACCAUUCACUUUGUCAGGAGUAUUAUGGAAACAAAUAUUCCGUAAAUCAAAAUGGCCAGCGUAAAAGCGGAAUAUAUCGGAACAACUACUGCCCGUUUUACCCCAGAUAAAAAGGCGAUCUCAAAGGUGUUCACCAGAGAUUCAGCUCGUGCUACACCGGUAAAAGGUAAAACUGACAUUGAGGAUGACCAGGAAACGGUUUUAGAUAUAACAGCUCCCCACGUUCCUUACGAUGACACGGGGAGAAGAACGUAUGAGAAAAUCUGCCAGAAACUGGACGUGGUUCCCUCCUCCAAGAUCCUGCGGAAGUUGGCGGAGUCCCCCAGCAUCGACAUCAGACACUACGGCCUGGGCCCCAAAGGAACCAUGGCAGUGUCCGUGGCCCUCGUAAUUAACUCAACAGUAACCACACUUAAUAUCAGCGGCAAUAAUAUCGACAAAACAGGGAUCUUGUAUAUACAGAGGAUGAUGGAGGAAAACAUCACGAUCACAGAUCUAGAUGUUUCCGACAAUCAUUUAAAAACUUUCGGGGCCAAGGCAAUUGGAAUGAUGCUUCAAGACAACAAAGGAAUCAGAAGACUCAGCAUUGCCGGAAACGAAUUUACCGAUCUCGACGCAACAUUCCUAACAAAAGAAAUAGAAAUCCAUCCUACAUUGGACUACCUAGACAUCAGUCGGAAUGGCUUCGGAGAUAUAGCUGCACCGUUCUUUGAAAAAAUGAUAUCUGAAAACAACAAUAUGACGGAGCUUAACAUUAGCUGGAACCAAUUCAGAGUACCGGGGGCGAAAUGUUUGGCGAGAGGAUUAAAGGACAACAUGAAACUGAAGCUAGUGAACGCCUCUUGGAAUGGAAUCGACGACGAGGGGGCGCUGGCGUUCUCCGACUGUCUGAGUAACAACGCCGUCCUAACGGAACUAGAUAUCUCCUGCUCGCGCAUUGGGGACAAAGGUUACGCACAAGUCAUGAGGGCCUUCAAAAAGAACGAGGACCUUGAGGUCCUACGGAUUGGCAAGAACAACAUCAAAGAGGAAACUGUGAAGUUGUCAAUAGAUCUACUUAAAGAAAUUACCACAUUAAAACUAGUACUUUUAGAUUUAUCAGACGUAAUGUUAGGUGCUUCCGUCGUCAAGGAACUGGAGAGCCUGGAGGAGGUUCACCCUAACUUAGAAGUUGUUCACGGAUACACGGACUCCUACGGGAAAAGAAAGAUGGCCGGCUUCGCUGAUUUGGGCGAGGAAGCUCUCUGGAUUAUUAAGGAGUUCAUUGAAGAGAAGGAUCUCACCGUGGCCAAGCUGUUCGCGGAGUUUGAUGAGGACGGGAGUAAUAGUGUGGAUUACGAUGAAUUCAGACAGGGAAUCAAGGUACGAGUUAACGAAUUCAGACAGGGAAUCAAGCAAGCAAAGAUUCCGCUGUCAUCGAGUCAAGUGGACGCGCUGAUUAACUUCAUCGACAUGGACGGUGACGGAGAUAUAGAUUUCAGUGAAUUAGUUUUAAAAAUGAAAGAAAUCACUAAGAAACGGAAAGAAGAAGAUGAGCAACGGGCAGCCGAAGCACGGAAACGCAGGUAGAACCCCGAGGGAUUCCGUGAGGAACCGCGAGGGAUACCGUGAACCGGAUGUGAAUGGCGUGGGAGAUGACGGACGCUAGAUUUCUUGCCAAAUGUUUUAGUAGUCAUCACACACUUGCAUAGUUAGUGUUCCUUCACACUAGCUGUAUCAUCCAAUUACAGAUGACACAAAGUCAGAUGGGGAUAUCAUUUGUGAAAGUAUAUACAAUGCAGUCUCGUACACCUACAUUAUAACUGCUAUUGAAAGGCGAUUUUCAUUGAACGUGUUAAUACUGUUUUAAAUCAAUUUUUUAAAGAUGUAUUAAAAGAAACCUUAUAUUUGUCCCUGUACCGUCAAAUUCUUCUUGUUUUGAAUACAUUCUUAUAAAUUAAUUAAUUCCUGUAGAUGUAUGUUAUUUAUUAUUAUGCAUAUUCACCAUAAAAUUGAAUAUGAAUGCAGUCAGAA